AUUAUAUAAUGCCGAUUUGUUUGCCCAAUGAUAAAGUGCAGCAGUUCUUGAUACAGCCUAGGAUGGUGCUGGAGGUUGCCGGCUGGGGGAAGACCAAGAACAUGUCUGCUAGUAAUAUCAAGAUGAAGGCUAGGGUGCCUAUAGUGGACAGAGAAACGUGCGCUAAGAACAAGGCUAUAAAUAUCGCCAAUUCUCAGAUCUGCGCGGGUGGCGCCAAGGAGGAUUCGUGCUCCGGGGAUUCGGGUGGACCUCUGAUGGCCAGAGACUUGAGAGGUGGCGACGAUCGUUGGUACGUCUCAGGGGUAGUGUCCUUCGGGCCAAGGAAGUGCGCGACGAAGGGCGCCCCAGGUGUUUACACGAACGUCGCCCCGUACGUCGCCUGGAUCAAAGCGCACAUGAAGCCCUGA